AUGACCAAAACCCACCCACCCUUCCCCCCUCCCUCUCAACCCACCAAAGAACCCCCCUCCGUCAUCCAAACCAUCCAAUCCCUCGAUCUCCACCCACAUCCUGAAGGCGGCUACUACCAGGAAACCUUCCGCCAUCCACAAGAAAUCCCCAUAGCCAACGGCGCGGCAACUCGCUCCGCCGGUACCUGCAUCCACUACUUUCUCACGCCGGGGUCGCCGCUCGGUGCGUUCCACCGGAACAAGAGUCGGACUGUGCAUACACUACAUCGUGGACGGGGGAGAUAUGUGGUGAUUCACGCGGAUGAGAAGAAGGAUGGCAAGGCGCCAGUGGAGGAGUUUGUGGUGGGACAUGGGGUGGAAAGAGGGGAGAAGGUGGAGUGGGUGGUUGAGGGGGGGAAGUGGAAGGCGAGCUAUUUGUUGCCUGAGGAGGGUCAUGCCGAUGACGAUGGGGAGGAGAGGGGGUUGUUGAUCACUGAGACGGUCGAGCCCGGGUUCGCGAUAGAGGAUCAUGACUUCUUGACGUUGCAGGAGAUGAAAGAGCUCCUCACUCCAGAACAAGUGGAGGAGAUGUCGUGGAUGUUGAGGGAGAAUUCCAUAGAGAAAAGCUAA